UCCGCCGUGGCGACGGCGGCUCCGUCGCGUUGGUGACUUCUGUGACCGGAGGCGAAAGGAACCCGGAACGGCUCCGCCCACUUCUCGGAGGAACUGGCUGGCUGCAGGUAUCAUGGAUGAAUUAGCUGAAGAUGAUAUUUAUAUUUUGAACCAUGAAAAAGCGGACACUCAUCAUAAGAGAGAUGGAGACAUCCCUAUUCCUAUGUAUACAGGAGAAGAAUCUGUUGCUUCACAUUUUGCACUUGUCACUGCUUAUGAAGAUAUCAAAAAACGACUCAAAGAGACAGAAAGGGAUAAUUCUUUCCUAAAGAAAAGAGUGAGGUUGCUAGAAGAAAAGCUUCUUGGCUCCCAUUUGGAAGAAACCACAAGCUCUGUAGGGCCCGAGCAGGUUAACAAAGCUUACGAAGCAUAUCGAGAGGCUUGUAUUGAACGAGAUAAUCUGAAAAGUAAACUUGAUAAAAUGAUGAAAGAGAGCACAGAAUCCUUGAAACUCAUGAAUGAGCAGUUGCAGUCUAAAGAAGUGGAGCUCCUACAGCUGAGAACUGAAGUGGAAACUCAACAAGUGAUGAAGAGUCUGAAUUGUAAUCCAUCCAGUUGGGAAAUAGACAAGCUGAAUAAUGCUCUUAAGGUGCACAGUUUGGAGAAAGAUUUAGAGAAACUGAGAGAAGAAUGUAAUGUUCUUAGGAAAGAAUUAAAAACAUCCAUAUGGAAGGCUCAGUCCCACGAAGGAACUUUAAUAAAUGGAGAAUUUUUGCAACCUGAGAACAUUCAUAGUGAAAACCUUCAGCAAGCAUACUGGGAACUGAAGAGGGAGAUGUCUAAUCUGCAUCUAGUGACUGAAGUGCAAGCCGAAGUGCUGAGAAAGCUGAAACUGGUCCCAUCUGCAACCAAGAAAGUGUCAUCCUGUGCACCUAUUCAAUGUAUUGAAGACCUUGAAAGGGACUUCACAAAUCUCCAUUUUGCUGCUUCCAGUGCAGUGUACAAGAAGAGGCUACUUGUACCACAUGACCAAGUUUUCAGCGGUGCUGUUUCUUCCCCAUCCUGUACUGACGAGAGACUUAGCCCAGUUUGUAACUCUCCCUUUCAAGAACAUAACUCUUAUGGAAAGAGCUCUCUGGAAGAUAAUUCUUGGGUCUUCCCAAGCCCUCCUAAACCUAGUGAGACAAUGUUUUGGGAAAUGAAAAGUAAAACAUCUCACUUAAACUUUUCAGAAAACAAUUUGGAUCAGUGUAACCAAAACUGCUUGCACAAGAGCUAAGAGCUUAAGGAGGAAUUUGUUAGGUUCCGGUAUGCGUAAGAGGCAUAUAACUAAUGGAAAAGAACAUGGUGACAGUGUCGUAAGUCAUCCAAGCUGGAUCUUAAUUUUUCCACUGUAG